AUGAUGUCUCACUUCUUUACUGUACUUGUGGUACUAUGUGGAGUUGGUUGGGUUCAUGCUGCCGUAGACUGCAGAGCAACUGGAGCUGGUCGUUUUGCGGACUUAGCUGACGAGAAAUGCAAGAACUACACACUGUGUAUCUAUGUCAAGGCUACAGACAGUUACCUCGCCUACAACACAGUAUGCCCCAGCAUAUCUGUGUUCAACCCACUGAUAUCUAAGUGUACUUCUCCAACGAACUACGUCUGCAACAUCACCGUCAGUAUGCCGAGACCUUCGCCUUCCACCAUCUGCACCUCCGACGGCUACAUUGCAGAUCCCGAACCUACGAAUUGUGCUACUUACAUACAAUGUGUAAAAAUCAGAGGGGUUUUUACUCAGUUGAGACAUCGAUGUCCAGAAUAUACGUAUUACAAUCCUAAUACGACGUUGUGUGAGUCUAAUUACACAUGUACGGACUUCAGUUGCGUGGCGCCCGGGAGGGUCGCGGAUAAAGCAGACUUCACGUGUCGCAAAUAUUACUACUGUGUACAGUUAUUCAAUGGGACUUUUGCUCAGUUCAAGUACACCUGUCCCGCAGAUUCAGUGUUUAAUCCCAUUACUAGACUUUGUACAACACAUUAUUCGUGCAGUUAGGUUGACUAUUGUUCUAGGUUAUUGUUAUUUAAUGCUUGUUAACUAUUUCUGGUACUACGAACUUGACAAUUUUAAAAACAUUU